UCUAUCGGUGCGUCGAAGUUGAUCGGGUACAGCACGAUAGGUCACUAGUGACGGCAUUGAUUGAGAGGUGGCGACCGGAGACGCACACAUUUCAUCUCCGCACCGGUGAGGCUACCAUUACCCUUCAGGAUGUGGAGGUUAUUUAUAGGUUACAGGUUGAUGGACGCCCAUUGUAUAUUGAGGAGCCUCCUGUGCUGCUGCCUUACCAGGAUGAGUUGACUAGGCUCACCGAUUUCGCGGCUCUGGAUGGUCAUAUUUCCGGCCAGAGUCGGCUUUUGUUGUGGGCCCUUUACGCUCACUUGCGCCUCAUAGACAUGCAGCAUCCGAUUGGAGAGGACACGCCUCAGGCUGAUGUUGACCGACGUGCGCGUCUAUACCUACUCAUCAUAUUCGGGGCCAUCCUAUUCCCGAACACUUCGGGUUCGCAUAUGAGCUUGAGGUAUCUUCGGUAUAUCGACGAUCUCGCCGAGAUAGUAUGUUAUAGUUGGGGCGCUGCUGUGUUGGGCUACAUGUAUCGAGGAUUCUGCCGAUGUUCUAUGGGCACGAGGGUAGAGGUCCCUGCAUUUUGCUCGCUCCUUCAGAUAUGGGUGUGGACUAGGUUGAGACCUUUUCGGCCCCAUACCACUCACCCUCCCGCUGACUAUCUUACUGUGCCGAUGCCAUACGCGCGGAGAUGGUCGCGAGGCGUACGCCGACAUGCGGAGACGCACCACAGCCUUCUCCUGUUUAGGAAUCAGCUAGACUGCAUGACGGCGCAGACGGCUUUUAUAUGGACGCCGUAUGAUCAUAUUUUGGAUGAGCUGCCGGCGUUUUGUAGGGCUGGUCAGCACAUGUGGAUGUCGCGGUGUCCAUUGAUACAUAUGGAUAUCGUUGAGUAUCACGCGCCCGAUCGCGUGUUACGGCAGUUUGGGUAUGUACAGAAUAUACCCGAGGGACGAGCGUGCAGGCGUCGAUGAUACAUGGCGACUCCAUAUGCAGCAGCAGGUCCAGAGUUGGGAUUUCAGGAUGACGAGCCUAGCGGUGGUCGGACAUGACACUCCGAUCCAUGUAUACAUGGAGUGGUACAUGCGGAUCACUCGCAUCAUUAUUGGCAACCCUUCUAGGCGUCGUCCAGAUGGCCUGGGAUAUGCAGCUCUCGCAAGAGUGUACGAGGCGCUGGUACGGACCGUUCAGACGAUGCACUAUGAGAGCACUGCCCGUACAGAGGCCCCCGAGACGACGGAGUAUGCAGUACGGAUGAUUGAGCUUGCCGAGACUGGUACGAGACAGGCACAUGACUUUGAGCGUGUUCUCGGUGCCCCACCUGGGGCAGCAGGUGGUAGUGGUCUCCGAGGAGCUGGUGGCCGUCGUAGAGGUGGUAGGGCUGGCAGAGGUGAUGAGGCUCCGUCGACUUCAGAGAUCCCGCCGAGUUCUUACCGGCCGGCGACUACAGAUAUCCCAUCGACUUCUCAUUCCCGGCCGUCGACUUCACAGACACCUCUGUGUACGCCGGAUCCUUUUUCAAAUUAUGUGCCCUGGCCUUCAUUUCCACAUCUACCAGUUCGUGAUCCACAGGGUGAGCGGCCGGUUCGUGAUCUGCAGGGUGGCCUACAUCUGCACUUCAACGACUCCAUGUUCGAGGACUUCGUGUUUGAUACGGCACCAUCUGCAUCUCCUGCUCCGGGGGCCGCUCAGGAGCCUUCUCACCAGGCAUCUCAGGAGGCCGUCGACACACAGGUUCAUUCUUCUACGCCUGUGGACCCAUCUCCUGCAUCGAGGCCCACUCAAGAGACCGUUGAGGAGCCAGCUCAGGAGCCCUCUCACCAGGCAUCUCAGGAGGCCGUCGACACACAGGUUCAUUCCUUUGGGCCUGUGGACCCAUCUCCUGCACCGGGGCCCACUCAAGAGGCCGUUGAGGAGCCAGCUCAGGAGCCCUCUCACCAGGCAUCUCAGGAGGCCGUCGACACACAGGUUUGAUUUUUACAAUAAAAUAAUUUUUUUUUAUUAAUUAGUUGUUUAUUUCAUGUUUAGUUUAGAAUAAAUCUAAAUUAAAUUGUUUAUAUGUUAUUUCAGGUUCAUUCCUCUCGCACACGGACG